AUGUCAGUCGAAGAUGUUGUCAUCACCUUUGACAACCCGCAAGACCCAUAUGACCCGCGAAAUUGGCCCCUGAAGCGAAAGGUAUACACCACUCUGCUCUAUGGUCUCAGCACGAUGGGCUCGACAUUUUCCACGGCUUCAUUCUCAACAGGAAUCCACGAGAUGAUGAAGGAGUUUAAAAUUUCGGAAGAGGUGGCAAGUCUAGGGACGAGCUUGAUCUUGAUGGGUUUCGCAUUUGGCCCCCUGAUUUGGGCACCAGUCAGUGAGCUCUAUGGACGGAAACUUCCUAUGGCUGUGCCAUAUUUUGUAGCGGUCUGCUUUACCUUUGGCACUGCAGCUGCCAAGGAUACACAGACGUUACUUAUUACACGGUUCUUUGCGGGCUUCUUUGGGAGUGCACCUCUGUGUAUCACUGGUGGCGUGCUUGCGGAUAUGUUCUCACCACAACAAAGGGGGCUCGCCUUGACGGGUUAUGCUCUGGCUGUUAUCGGUGGACCUGUGUUGGGCCCCAUUGUUGGUGGAGGUGUGAUGUAUGCUGGGUUGGGUUGGCGUUGGACGCAGCUCAUCACCGGCAUCAUCAUGGCUGUCAUGGUUGUCCUCGACUUUGCCUGUAUCAACGAGUCUUAUCCUCCCAUUCUCCUUGUCCGCAAGGCCCGCGGGCUUCGUUUGGAGACCAGAAACUGGUCAUACCACGCUCAGCAUGAGGAGCGGGAUGCUACAUUCAGAGAAAUGGUCACCAAAUUCGUGGUAAGGCCGAUUCAGCUCUUGAUGACGCCUAUCUGCUUUUUCUCUGCUUUACAUGCAAGUUUUGCCUUCAUCUGCCUCUUUAUCGGUGCUUGCCUGGGCUCACUUGUUAAUACCGUGUGUUCAAGAUGGUAUGUGGCUCGUCUCAAAGCCAACAAUGGCCGCGGCACCCCUGAGCAUCGUCUUCCCCCAAUGAUGAUAGGUGCGGUGUUUCUCAUGGCUGGUCUCUUCAUGAUUGGUAACACUGCCGAUCCCGACUCCUUCCCCUGGAUCGUGCCUAUGAUAGCCGCAACAAUGAUGGGUUUAGGCUUCUUUACAAUCUUUCAGUCAGUCAUAAGCUACCAGAUUGACACGUUUCCGCAGCAUGCAGCGAGCGCUGCCGCUGCUAACACGUUUAUGCGGAGCAUGCUUGCCAGCAUCUUUCCGCCUAUAGUGCCAAAGAUGUACUCGGCGCUGGGUAUAAAGAACGCAUCUAACCUGACUGGUUACGUGGCAUUGGCAUUGCUUCCUAUCCCCUGGAUAUUCUUCUACUUUGGUGCAAGGAUUCGAGCAAAGGGUAGAUGGACCGCGAGGAGGACCUGA